AUGGCCCCCCUCUCUUCCUCGACGGUCCUCGUCGCCGCUCUCCUGGCAACAACCACCCUUGCGCAAUCCAACGUGCGAGUCUGGUCCUCCGUCGCUUGGAUCCUCUACGGCGACCGCACCCCUUUGCUGUCAGACAACCCAACCCUCACCCCCCUCGGCGCGCAACAGCUCAAAGCCCAAGGCGCCGCCCUGCGAACCCGUUACCUUUGGAAAUCCUCCCCUGACGACGAUGACAUCGAUAGUAACGGCCUCGACGACAUCGCCCCCAUCCACGGAAUAGAGCAAUACACCAUCAACAACCGCCAGCUCAGAGCCAUGUCCACCACCGACACCUACAACAUCGCCUCGGCCAUGGCCUUCUUCCAAGGCCUCUACCCCCCCACCACCAUCAAACCCUCCAACUCCACCGGCGGUGCCAUCGCCGCCACCCUAGCAAACGGAACAACAAUGACCUACCCCCUCGACGGCUACCAAUACCCCCAAAUCCAAACCCUCUCCCGCCUCUUCAACCCAGACUCCAUCUACCUCGACGGCUCCUCCCACUGCCCUUCCUUUUUGCAGUCCAUGGCCAGUUUUCCAAGCGAAGAAACCCCCUCGUCCAACCUCUCCACCUCGUCCUCCUUUUACGCAAGCCUCUACCCCCGCAUCUUCAACUCUUCCUCCCUGCCCUUGGACCAGCUCGACUUUCUACAGGCCUACAACAUCUACGACUACGCCGCCUACCACCACCUCCACAACCCGUUGCUAUCUCCCCUUUUUGCCGAAGGUGAACUCCCCCGCCUCCGCUCCCUGGCCUCGAGCGAAAUCCGCUCCCGCCACGGGAACCUCUCCCUCCCCAUCAGGACCAUCGCCGGGCGCACCUUGGCAAGCUACACAAAAUCCCUGCUGGUAGACAACAUCCGUUCGGCGGGUUUCACCAGCAAGCUCAACCUCCUCUUUUCGUCAUUCGAGCCCUUUGUUGCGUUUUUUGCGCUGUCGAGGCUGGAUGCAGGCGCGAGCAGGGAGCUGUUUCGUGAGCUCCCUUACCCGGGGGCGGUGAUGCUUUUUGAACUCUUCAGCACGGUGAAUACGACCAAGGGGAUGGAUGGGGAGGAGGAGUACCCCGAGGUUAAGGACCUGAAGGUGAGGUUUCUGUAUAGGAAUUCCAGUGCGAGCGAGGCGAGGUUGAGGGUUUAUAGUUUGUUUGAGACGGGGGUGAACUACCCGACUUUGGAGUUUUUGGAUUUUGAGAGGAAGAUGAUGGGGGUGGGGGUCAGGGGGGAUAGGAAGGGUGGGGAUCAGGAUGUGGAGUACGGCGGACGGGGGCAGAAGAAGGAGAGGGUGGGGAGUUGGGAGUUGAGGAAUGGGAAGAAGGUGGUGGAGGGGGUUGGCGAGGGGGUGGAGGAAACGGGGACGGGGGCGAGGGUGGAGGUGCCUGAUCCGAGUCAUUUACGGGCUGUGGGGGGGAGAUGGGAAGAGGAUGAUGAUGAUCGGUUGAGUUUGUAUGGGCGGGAGCCGGUGAAGGCGCGGGAGUUUUAG